AUGAAUUUCCAGGACCUCUUUCCUGAAGCGGUUUCAAAAUCUGCCCCUGUUCCUUCCACAACAUGCCCGGAACCAAACCAAAUUCGCAAAAAGAAAUCCUUUGUGGAAGCUAUCGGCAAUGUUUGCGACAUUCCAACAAACCAACUUCCUGUUCCGUGUGUGAAAGGAGAUAGAUUAUCCAUCAUGAUUCCAGAAGACGAAUAUAUCUUGGGUCUGGAAUCUUGUAAACAUAACUUACAUGGAAGAAUACUUUGGCCAAAAGGUUCCACUCCCAUCACUGUGCAACAGCUCAAAUCUAAGCUCCAAGAGUUAUGGACUUCACUACCAAAAUGGGGGGUAACGUCGCUUGGUAAGGGAUACUAUGAAUUCUCUUUCUCUAGCCUGGAAGAUGUGCGCCGAGUUCGAUCAUCACCAGCGUGGAAUCUGAAUCCAGGAAUCCUCAAGCUUUUCCCUUGGUCAAAAGAUUUUGUUCGAACAAAUAUGAAACAAAGCUCCGCUCAGGUUUGGGUUCGAAUUCACGGAUUAGCGCAGGAAUACUGGAGGCCUAAAAUUCUGUUCACAAUUGCCAGCAGCAUCGGGACGCCUAUAUGCAUCGAUUCAUCUUCUAAUAAACCUCUGCUUGAACGCCCAUUUGGACAUUUUGUUCGGGUUCUGGUAGAUAUAGAUCUCUUGAAGGAUUUGCGCGACAAAAUACUGGUCGAAAGGGCUGGUUUCGCAUUCUUUGUGGACCUAGAAUAUGAGAAACUCCCUGACUUUUGCAGUUUCUGUAAGAUUAUGGGACACACCGUCUACACCUGCAGAAGGAAACAAAACGCUGCUGAACAUCAACCUAAAUCCAAAAACACAGACCAAAACAACAACUCAUUACAAACUAAACCGGCUUCUCGUGGUAAAGAAAUCAUCAUUGAUCAAACACCUCCUGAUAGAGGACAAACGAGUGGAACUUUUAAAGCUGUUGAAACAAGCAAAGUGGUUCAGACAUCUUCUACGGCUUUGGACACACCAGCAUCGAUAGAGAGAAAUUCACAGGAAAUCAUACACAUACCAAAUGUUAACAACAAUCAAAGAGGGAAUCACAACACUGUCCUUACUCCCAUAGCAGAGAUCGAAGAACACAGUUUAACAGAUAAAAUGACGCAAUAG